AGAUAUUCGUCAUUCAUGCAUUAUGAUUCGGAAGAGAUUGACAGAUCUGACAAUUAGACAUUUCUAUUUGACAUCAUUUGACAUGUGUGAGAAGUUGGAUUAAAUAUAAAGUUAAAAGAUAAACGAGUGGUCAUAUAUUACAAUAUAUUAGUGUACACGAUGACGACUCAAGAGGUUAAGAGAACGAAAAGAAAAAGCGCGCAGAAAGAAAAUUUAAUUAAGGAGAAAAACGACGAAGAAACGAGCAAACCCGUUGAAUUGAAAUAUGGACCUACUGUGUCUUUUCCAUAUCAAAGAGUAUGGUCCAGAUGCGUUCUCAUAUUUGGAGUCUUGCUAAUAGUUUGGUAUAAUAACAGACAGGGCAAAGAAGUAUAUCUAGCAAAGCAGAAAGAUGUGUUGGUAAGUCGUACACAGAACGUUGACUGCUCUAUGGAUUAUAGAGAUGAGUUAGAAAAGUACCCUGGCUGUAUACCAGAAAAAUGUGGCAGAGUUGUGACUGACAAACUCGUCUCGACAACAGAGGCAGAUGUUUUACUGAAACUAGCAAAAAGUGGAUUAGAUUUGGCUGGAUCCGAUGGUGGCGCAAGUAUUCUGGAUCUUCAUUCAGGUGCUCUUAGCAAGGGUCAGGGUUUUAUCAAUGUCUAUAAACAAACAGAAGCAAAGAAAAUAUUCAAUAGUGUGGAUUCAGCAAUUUACAAGGUAGUAAAAACGAAAAUACAACAUGCGGUGGCACAUAAUUUUGGCAUAGAUGUAAAUAAGAUUUAUUUAACCAAACCUACUUUCUUCUCACGGAUGACUAAUAAACCUGCCAAAACUAUACAUGACGAAUACUGGCAUCCACACAUUGAUAAGGAAACAUAUGAAUCGUUUCAUUACACAUCGUUGCUGUAUUUAAAUGAUUAUAGUAAGGAUUUUGAAGGUGGUCGAUUUAUAUUCAUAGAUAAGAAUGAUGUCAAUACUACAGUGGAACCAAGAAAGGGCAGAGUAUCAAUUUUUACUUCAGGGAGUGAGAAUUUACAUCUAGUUGAGAAAGUAAAAUCUGGUACUCGUUACGCCUUGACAGUGUCUUUCACGUGCGAUAAGAACGCCGCGAUAUCCGAUUUGCGCUUUACCGACGCAUUGCAUUAAAAUUUUUUACCAAAUUGAUAAAAAUUUUUUUCAUUUAUUGAAUACAUAAAUGCCAUUAUUCAGCUAUUAAAACUGAUGUUUGUAUAAAGAAAAUUAUAUGAAUCAUAAGAGUUGAUAAUAUUUUCAGUCACAAAUUAUUAAAUGUACAAUUGAACAGUAUUAUAAUAGUAGAUAUUAUAAAGAAAAUAUAAGUGAAGUAUUGUUUAUAUGAAUGUGUUUUUGGAAAUGUAUUUGACUAAAUAAUCAAGGAAUUUAAAAUGUUAAUAUAUUAGAUAUAAAUUUGUGUUAUAUUAUCUGUAAAAUAUUUUUUUAUUUUUAAGAAUACAUUAUUUUUAUGUAUAACAAUAUACAAAGAUAAUAUACAUUUUAAAUUAUUUUAAAGUUAAGUGGAAAAAUGAAGCUUUGUGAAAAAUAUACCUUACCAUCGUGUUGAAUUUGUAAUUGUUAACACUGGAAGUAACAGUUUUUAUUUACUAAAAAAACCAAGCAGAUGAAUUAUUAGAUGAAAAUAAAGAAAGUAAUAAAAAAUGAAAUAUUUAUUAUAUCAGGAUAAAGAAAAUAAAUGAUAAAAAAAUUUCAAAAAAAAUUCUUAUCUUACAUAAGAAAUAUAUAAUAUAAAAAAAUCUAUCUUCUUUAGAUAGUAAUCUAAAAAAUUAAAAAAAAUGUCAAUGAUGACCUCUUGAUACUUCUAGUUUUAAUGAAAUGAAAUAUGAACGUGUAAUACGUGUUACAUACUAUAAAAAAAUUUCAUAAAUAAUUGAGAAAAUAUAAUAACAUUCUAAUUGA